CGUCAAGUGUGUGUAACAAUUUAACAAACAAACAGUAGCAGUAGUUAGUUCGCAGAAACUACACCAAAACCCGGUUCCGAAACGCGUGUCUCCACGCGCACGACUUCAAAUAACAAAUCUCAAUUUUCAGAAAUUGCUGAAACCUUUCUUCAUUUCCAAAACCCUCAUCUAUGGCUGACCAUAUCCUCGCCGUUCAACCGCCGGAGCCACCGUCAUCCGAUCUCGAUUUCGAUGACUUCUCCGGUCAAUUCAACAACCUUCCUAUUCCCUCAAUUGACGCUUUCUUCAACGACGUUGAUACCUUUCCUUCUGAUCUGGAUCUUCCCUUAGGAGACUUCGAGAUCACCUUCGACGAUCUCGAUACUCUCUGCAUCCCUUCUGAUACCGAUGAUUUUCUUCUUCCCGAUGCAUGGAACCCUAAUGGCCUUCCAAUUUCGCCUCUGACCGACAAUCACGGCGAUUAUAAUGGCGAUGGAGAUUGUUCCGCGAAGAAUUCCGAUUACGGUGUUGCUAAUUUCGAUUCGCCGGAAUCGGGCGCUUCUGUGGUUUCCAGCGAUCAAAGUCCCGAUGUUUCUAGGUUUUUCAAUUCGGAAUCAGUUUCCGCGGAUGAUAAUUCGGUUGAUGUUAAAAUUUCGAGUAUGCCUUCGCCGGAGACCGAGUCUUCCGACCGGGAAGAGUCUUCGAAUGGACCGAUUUCGUCUCAGGGAUCAGGGAACGGUGGAUCGGGUGUAUACGAAGCCAUGAACUCUCCCUCACCUGAUUCUGGCCGUUAUGAGAGGGAUAUUUCAUCUUCUCAUAAGCAUGCGAUUGUGGAAGAAGGUGUGAAAUUGGAGGGAAUUGUUAAAGGUUGUGAUCUGAAAAGGAAGAAAGAAAAUUGCAUAGAAAGUGCUGAGAAUAGAACCCCGAAAUGUAGCAGGAGAUCAUCUUCAAUGGAAAACAAGACCCAGCAACAACUACAACAACAACAAGCUCAAUCUGGUUUUGAUGGUAUUGAAGAUGAGGAUGAGAAGAGGAAGGCAAGGUUGAUGAGGAAUAGAGAAAGUGCACAGCUUUCUAGGCAGAGGAAGAAGCAUUAUGUGGAGGAGCUUGAGGAGAAGGUAAGAUCAAUGCAUUCAACAAUUGCCGAUUUGAGUAGUAAGAUUACUUUUGUAAUGGCUGAGAAUGCUACACUAAGACAACAAUUGGGUGGUGGUAUGAUGUGUCCACCUCCUCCACCAGCAGGUUCUGGGAUGUACCCUCAUCCUCCAAUGCCACCCAUGCCUUAUCCUUGGAUGCCUUAUGCUCCUUAUGUUGUUAAACCUCAAGGGUCUCAGGUUCCUUUGGUUCCAAUUCCGAGAUUGAAGCCUCAGCAACCGGCUUCGUCCUCGAAGAGUAAAAAGAAUGAGAGUAAGAAGAGUGAGGUGAAAACUAAGAAGGUUGCUAGUAUUAGUUUGUUGGGUUUGUUUUUCUUUAUUAUGCUUUUUGGUGGACUUGUUCCUUUAGUAGAUUUUAAGUUUGGUGGUUUAGUUGAUAAUGUUUCUGGUAGGUCUAGUUAUGUUAGUGAUAGGUGGUUGUAUGGUCAAGGUGGAGGGAGGAUUUGGCCUGUAAGUGGUUAUAGGAAUGAAUCCGAAAGGGACGAGGAACUGGGGUUUUCGAAUGGAAGGUUUGGCAUUUCAGAUAGGAAUAAUUAUGAAAGAGGCCGGAAACUAGGAGAAGAAAUGAAUGGAUGGAAGGACACAAGUUGUUUUGGUCAUCGAGACAAUGCCAGCGAGCCACUUCUAGCUUCUUUGUAUGUUCCUAGAAAUGAUAAGCUGGUGAAGAUUGAUGGAAACUUGAUAAUCCAUUCUAUUAUGGCCAGUGAGAAAGCCAUGGCAUCUCAAGAUGCCCAGGAAAAGAAGGUCAAGAGUGAAACUGGUUUGGCCAUUCCUAAAGAUUGGGAUUCUGCAUUGGCUAUUCCUGAAGUUGGAAGGAAUAGAGGUCCGCAUCCAAAUGUGUAUAGGGUUUCUGCUGAACAGAGGAGGGCUAUUGGCUCUGGUUCAGCUAAAACCUUGAAGGACCAUAUGAAAUCCUCUGCAACUGAUGGUAAAAUGCAACAGUGGUUCCGUGAAGGACUUGCAGGACCAAUGCUAAGUUCUGGCAUGUGUACUGAAGUUUUUCAGUUUGAUGUUUCUCCAGCUCCUGGAGCUAUAGUUCCAGCAACAGCAGUGGCCAAUAUUUCUGCUGAAAACCGUCGUAAUGCGACCACUGUCAACAAGAGCAGGAACAGAAGAAUCCUCCACACGCUCCCAGAUCCACUUCCUGGAUCCACUCUGAACAUAACUGAAGAGCAUGCUAGAAAUUUGCCGAAAGGCCACCUCCCUGGUAAUAAAUCUUCAAUGGUGGUUUCGGUACUAGUUGAUCCCAAAGAGGUUGGAGAUGGUGAUGUUGAUGGCAUGAUGGCUCCAAAGUCGCUCACUCGGAUCUUCGUGGUUGUGCUAAUAGAUAGUGUCAAGUAUGUGACUUACUCGUGUGGCCUUCCUCGUGCUUCUCCAUUGGUGACUGCUUAUGUUUGACAACCCUCCCCAUUUUGAUACACAAGCUUAUCUAACCCUAUAGUUAUAGUUUCUUUACAAGGGAUGUGGGGGAACUGAGAAGGAAAGAAACGAGGCUCAAGUUUUGUACAUAACAACAUAUAUAUUUAAAAUAGCAGGCCUUGUUGUGUACCCAAAAAAGAGUUGCACUUUAGAAGCUGGCCUUGAAUGGGGUUUUUGAUCAACUGUCUUUGUACUGAGUUGAGACCUUUAUUAGAAACUUAAUAAUAUAUGCUCGCCUUAUAAUUUAAAAGUUGAUCCCUUUCAUGUGUUAUGGAAUUCAUAUUCCGGUGUUUGAACUUUGAACGUAGUGUUGUAAACAAAAGGAGAGAUCAGUGGAGAGGAGAAAGGGCUCCCAUUUUACAGUGGAAAGAGCUUCAGUGUUUUCUUUUUUU